GUAAAGCAGUGAAAGGACAGCUACUCCAUAGACAGAGUAGGAUGUUCCUGAAAGUAAGAAGAGGAACCCUUCCACCCUAGGUACAAUGCUUGUAUAUUUAUAGGAUAAAAAUAGCUCUUGGGGAGAUGUGCUCUGCUACAAGGGUUUGUGAUAAACGGUUAAUUUUCUUAAUUACUAUAUUUUAUAAGAAUCAAUAUUAUUAUCUUUAAAGCAAAAUUAGGAAUGUCCUUGUUCUCCAGAUAUCAGGAUAUCUGGACAAUCCCAAGUCUGGGUCUGUUUCAAUAAACAUCAUAAAUUUGUUCCCUUAACCAAAAACAUCUAGAGGCUAGUAACACCUAAUUUUCUGGAAAUGUAGCCCAGCAAGUCUCAGCCUCAUUUUCCUAACCCUCACUCAAAAUGGAGUCGCUUUGCUUGAAAGCCUCUGGCAGUUUUAGAUGCAGAUGAGGAACUUUUUGGGAAAUAGAGCAAAGGUCACUUAUGCUAUGCUUUAGCAAAUAUACAGGCAGCAUUUUGUCUCUGGCCUAGAGAUCUGUGGAACUUUGAACUUGAGAGAGAUUAUUUAGGGUAUCUGGCAGAAGAAAUUUCUAAGCAGCCAAGCAUUCAAGAUGUGGCCUGGCUGAUUCUGAAAGCAUUCAGCUAUAUGCACUCACAAAGAGAUGGUUCAAAAUUGGAACUUAUGUUUAAGAGGGAAGCAGAGGUCUCUGUUCCACAGGAUGGGGUUUCUUAAAGUUGUUAAGAAUAAGGCCUACUUUGAGAGAUACCAAGUGAAAUUUAGAAGAUGAUGAGAGGGUAAAAAUGAUUACUGUGCUCAGAAAUGCUUGGUGAUACAGGAUAAAAAUAAAUACAACACACCCAAAUAUAGGAUGAUCGUUCAUGUAACAAAAAGAGGUAUCAUUUGUCAGAUUGCUUAUGCCUGUAUAGAGGGGGAUAUGAUAGUCUGUGCAGCAUAUGCACUUGAACUACCAAAAUAUGGUGUGAAGGUCGACCUGACAAAUUAUGCUGCAGCAUAUUAUACUGGCCUGCUGCUGAUCCACAGGCUUCUCAAAAGGUUUGAUGUGGACAAGAUCUAUGAAGGCCAAGUAAAGAUGACUGGCAAUGAAUACAACGUGGAAAGCAUUGAUGGUCAUCCGGGUGCCUUUACCUGCUGUUUGGAUACAGGCCUUGCCAGAACUACCACUGGCAAUAAAGUUUUUGGUGCCCUGAAGGGAGCUGUGGAUGGAGACUUCUGUAUCCCUCACAGUACCAAAUGAUUCCCUGGUUAUGAUUCUGAAAGCAAAGAAUUUAAUUCAGAAGUACACCAGAAGCACAUCAUGGGCCAGAAUGUUGCAGAUUACAUAUGCUACUUAAUGGAAGAAGAUGAAGAUGCUUACAAGAAACAGUUAUCUCAAUACAUAAAGAAGAGUAUAACUCUAGACAUGAUGGAAAUGUAUAAGAAAGCUCGUGCUGCUAUAUGAGAGAAUCCAGUCUACAAAAAGAAGCCCAAGAAAGAAAUUAGAAAGAAGAAGUGGAACCAUUCCAAAAUGUCCCUUGCUCAGAAGAAAGAUUAGGUAGCUCAAAAGAAGACAGGCUUCCUCAGAGCUCAGGAGCAGACUGCUGAGAGCUAAACCAAUUUUCUAUAAGGGUUUUCAAAUAAAGACAAUAAACUUAUGGACAGAAAAAAAAGGGGGAAACAGAACAUAAAAGUUUGGAAAACUU